AUGGCGAGCGACGAACCACCUGCUAUCUCGACUCCAUCGCGUCCGCGCUCUUCGCUCAACCCCAAGCAGAGCGGCACUUUUACCACUGCCACCAAUGCUCCCAACGUGGCCGGCUUCAGCCCGGGAGGGCAAGUGUUCGAAGGUUACUCCUACCUCUCACGUUCCACCUCCAUGUCCACCUCGACCCGAUCGCGUCCCAAGGGCUUGCAGAGCAGACCUUCCGAGUUCGGCCUCAGCUUGACCACCUCUCCGCCUCCUGCCGCGGGCCGCAACCUUCCUACUUCUCCAUCCUCGCCCAUCGCGCAAUACUCAGCCAUCUCGCCUGUGUGCAGCCCUUUCCCGCACACUCUCGACUUGCCAAAGCGCAGCAAGACCGUCCAUCGCAUGCCUAGCUCUAUCAGCACGCCUGAGCUGAUGUCUGUCUCCAUUCAUGCACCUCGAUCCGAGUCGGAAACCGAACGCUUGGCUGAAGCAGUCGCCAACCUGCCCCACAACCCCAAAGUAUGGCUGCCCUCGCAGGUAGCCCUCUACCUCACGCACGUGCUUGGCCUAGUGCCUCGACCUGUCGUCGAGGACGUGACCGCCUACGUGAGGAGCUCCAGGAUGGGCGGUCGAGCCUUCCUCCGUCUCAGCGAAAAGGAGCUCGAGCGCCAAGGUCUCAACCUCAAAUGGCGCAAGCUCAUGAUCGAAGCUGUCCGCAAGCUUCGACGUGAUGCUCUUCGUGGUCGAAUCUGGGGCUACGAGUCGGGCUCCCUGCGCUGGCCCAAGUCCGCCAAGGAAGUGCAGCGCGAAGAAGACGAGGACCAAGACGGCUCGCCUGACGAUGAUCAGGAUGCUUCGCAGCAAGAUGGCGUUGCUCGCAGCUCCAAGACCACCAGUAAGCUCACGCUGAAGCGCAUGCGCGACAGCCGCAAGGUACGCGGCAUGAUCGAGGCUUUCCAGACCUCGCCGACCACCGAGUCGAUGCCCUUGUCCGACCGCUCGAUCGAUGCCGUCUACGCUCAAGGCUUUGUCCGCGAUCAGGCGCAGCAGCUUCUCGCCGAGGCUGAGGAGAAGAAGCUUUCGCUCCGUCGUCCAUUGCGUCCACGCAGGUCGACCGCUGACUUCCCUUGGCUCGAAGGUGGUCCGGUGACUACCAAGCGAGAGGAUGUCGAGGCGCUGCUCGUCAGUCUCACGGAGCAGGAGGCUCUCGACCUCGCGAACGAGCUUGGCCUCAAAGAUCUUCAGGAUACCGAAGCCGUCAGCUGGGCUCUUGAGGAUGACCGCGAAGGCAAGCUGCAUCAGCGACGCGAAGGCUCCAGCGAAAGCGCAGACAACGUCUUGCGCAUGCCUUCGUUGAUCCGACACAAUUCUGCCGACACCGCUUCGGUGGACGGCGAGAGCUCUGUCUCCGAAUGCAGUGAGCACGAGAGCGACCUGAACCUCACCCAAGACGAUGACUUUGACAAGCCUCGUUUCGGCGUGCUGGACGAAGACGUUAUUCGGGCCAUCUUGGCUGGUGAUGACUCUACCCCCGCAGCAGCCGAACAAACCACUGCGGACGAGAGUGCUGAGGUAGAGACAUCGACCAAGAGCGAGCUGACUCGUUCGCACACCACCGCUUCCAUCUUGAGACCCAGCCGUCCGUACCGUGCUUCGCUGUACACCGACGACGAGCUGGCUGCUUUGGACAGGGACCAGCUCCACACAAGGACAGAGAGCUCACGCGAGCUCGUUGAGGCUCUCAUGUCGACCGAUCAGACGACAGACAACGAGAUCGCCAAGCCCGACUUUGGCACCGCUCGCCUGCGUGCGGCAGCAGGAGACACGGCGCCUGCUAUUCCUCACUUCGAGGAUUCACCUCAGCCCUUGCAGGACUCUCCGAAGCAGGCGUCUGCAGAAGAGACUGCACAGGCUAACAACGAAGGCGACGAGUACAUCUUUCAUCUCCCCGACGAACCAGUCCGCAAACCAGCUGGCUCAAUCCGCGGCACCGUCGGCCGCAAAGCCACUUUCGGAAGCAAGCGCGGCAAAGCCGUCCUCUCCCUGCUCAACGCCGACGCCCAGCAGAGCGAGCUCUUCUCCUCGUUACGUGGAACCGCGAUGCUGCGACAGAAGUCGUCCAGCUCCAACGCCACGGCCGAAGACGAAGAGGGCUGGGGCGGCACUCUUGGCCGCACCUCGAGCCGCAAGGGUCUCACUGGCGUCUUCGACUCGAGUGUUGCCCGGCGAUCGAUGUUGCCGAGACGUGGACUAGAGCGUGUGGCGAGUGAAGCCGAGGGCGAAGCUUUGCAGGCAGAUAUGGAGGCGCUCGAGAUCGAGCAGCAGACGGUACCAGAGGAAGAGGUCGCAGUGCCAGUCGAGAGAUACGAAGAAACGGUUCUUUCGGAGCAGGAGGGGAGAGAUGGUCUGCGCCGCGGGGCGUCGGUGGAGCAGCGUCUGUCGUCUUUGUUCAAGCAGGGGUCGCCAGCCGCUACUGUGGAGGAGGUGGACGCCGUCACGGUCCACGUUGCGCCCUCCGUCACGGAUGAGAACCAAGAUGAGCAGGCGCCGGCUGACGGAGGGGUUUCCGAGCAGGAAGACAAUCCAGCCAUCGAGGACGGCGACGUUGUCGCUGCGGAACGAGCCGACCCAGUCUUGAUGGACACUCCGGUCUCGACCGGGCUGGACACGUCUCAAGAGCCGAUCGACGAGGCUGAGGACAUAUCGCCUCCGCAUAUCCCACCGUCCGAUGACUCAGCUGCGGAGGAGCCAAGCGCCCUCCCUGCGAUCGCCAAGAUCACAGCAGACGAAGCUGCUGAGGAAGCGCCUUACAACUUUGACAAUGCUGCCGCUGACGAACCACCUGCCGCCACAGCAACCGACGCAACGCCUUCGGCUGCGGACGAAGACUCCUUCGAGAUCGUCUCCUCAUCCGUCGAACCUAUCAUCGUGCCCGAGGCAGCCGUCGAGCCCGCCCUCCAUUCUCCUCUUCCUCCUGCCGAGGCUCAGCUCCUCGUACCACUGACACAGCUCGAACCGCACCCAUCUGGCACCGGAAGCAUCAAGAAACGAUCCAUGGUGCUGGUCGACCGCAAGAAGUUCGAGAGUCUCGCUCGAAGGAUGACGCAUCUCGAGGCUCAACUCGAAGCCUUCGAUCGGCCUUCUUCGCGCAAGUCGACCGUCAAGGGUUCGUCUGGGCUCAAAGACAUGUUCGCUGCUCCCGCCGAGGAGGAGGACGUCGAAGAUGAGGAGACGGUGCUGGAGGAGAUGCUCGCUGCUGCCAUCCUCCCCACUGCUUCAGCUGAGAGAGUGGAGCAAUUCGAGGUGCAAGACGCGCCCGAGUCGACCACGGCGCCGAAAGAGAAGAGAGGGUGGAAGUCGCUCAUCUCCCCUUCGUCUUGGGCGACGUAUCUCUCCUCCCUCAAUCCGUACUACUCUCAAGCCACUCCUGCCACCCCGGUAUCGUCGAGCGAGGAUGAAGACGCGGAGCUGGACCUCUAUGCCCUGCUAGGCAGGCACGAGUCGGAGCACGAACGACACAUGCUCAGCAUCGGCGCUAUCCCAGCCUACAUGCUCGGCCUCGGCGCCGGCGUCGGCUUUGUCCUCGUCAAGGAGGUGCUUGGUCGACACUAG